AUGCCACGGCAUCUUAUUCUUCUUCACCAUCGAUCGGGCCGCAGGAACCGUCGGUCAUUGCCAUUCCAUAAGCGUGAUCCGAUUCCGAAAAUAUGGAGAAUUUCCGACGUCCUAAUCCGGCUGGCCCUCCUCUCGCCCAGAAUAGAGACACGAAAGAGACGGAGAGGAUCUAGAACAUUGGACCCGGAUGCCAUCGGAUUCCUCAUCUUCACCUUUCAGAGUCUCAACAUCAUCUCGCGGCCCAGCAUGCGCCGCUCCGGACAUGACCGUCGUUGUUCCACAGCAAGACUCAUCGCGGAACCAGAGGACUCAAGGUAUUACAGUGAUGGCCUGCAUGCAACAAAUCGCCGAUCCUACAACGGCUUGUGGUCAAGUCUGCAGCUAUACCCGCCACGAAGGCAGUCUUCAGCCGUCAAGGUCUGGUGA